CACGCAGCUACGCCCACUCCCCCCCUCCCUCCCGCGUGCCUCCACACUCCACGGCUCCACCCCACUCAUCACACACACUCUCCCACCGCACCAUUACCGGCGCCAUAAAGUGCGUUCCCGGCCGGCUGCACGCACGUCGAGGAGCAGAGCAGCUAGCUCGCAAGUGUUUCUUUCUUGUCGCGGCGGCGGCGGCGGCGGCGGCGACGCGUCGGCAAGAUGAUCACGGGCACGGACUUCUACCACGUGAUGACGGCCAUGGUGCCGCUGUACGUCGCCAUGAUCCUGGCGUACGGCUCCGUCCGGUGGUGGCGCAUCUUCACGCCGGAUCAGUGCUCCGGGAUCAACCGCUUCGUGGCGCUCUUCGCCGUGCCGCUGCUCUCCUUCCACUUCAUCUCCACCAACAACCCCUACACCAUGAACCUCCGGUUCAUCGCCGCCGACACGCUGCAGAAGCUCAUCGUCCUGGCGCUGCUCACCGCCUGGAGCUACCUCUCCCGGCGGGGCUGCCUGGAGUGGACCAUCACGCUCUUCUCCCUGUCCACGCUGCCCAACACGCUGGUGAUGGGCAUCCCGCUGCUCAAGGGCAUGUACGGCGACUUCUCCGGCAGCCUGAUGGUGCAGAUCGUGGUGCUCCAGUGCAUCAUCUGGUACACGCUGAUGCUCUUCAUGUUCGAGUACCGCGGCGCCAGGAUCCUCAUCACCGAGCAGUUCCCGGACACGGCGGGCGCCAUCGCGUCCAUCGUCGUCGACCCCGACGUGGUGUCGCUGGACGGCCGGAACGACGCCAUCGAGACGGAGGCCGAGGUGAAGGAGGACGGCAAGAUACACGUGACGGUGCGCCGCUCCAACGCGUCCCGGUCGGACAUCUACUCCCGGCGGUCCAUGGGGUUCUCCAGCACCACGCCGCGGCCCAGCAACCUGACCAACGCCGAGAUCUACUCGCUGCAGUCGUCGCGGAACCCGACGCCGCGGGGGUCCAGCUUCAACCACACCGACUUCUACUCCAUGGUGGGGCGCAGCUCCAACUUCGCCGCCGGGGACGCCUUCGGGCUGCGCACCGGCGCCACGCCCAGGCCGUCCAACUACGAGGAGGAAGCGCAGGGCGGCAAGGCGGCGAACAAGUACGGCGGCCAGUACCCGGCGCCCAACCCGGCCAUGGCGGCGCAGCCCAUGCCCACCAAGCAGGGUCUCAAGAAGGCGGCGGCCAAUGGGCAGGCCAAGGGCGAGGACGGCAAGGACCUGCACAUGUUCGUCUGGAGCUCCAGCGCGUCGCCCGUGUCCGACGUGUUCGGCAAUGGCGCCGCCGAGUACAACGACGCCGCCGCCGUCAAGGAGGUCCGCAUGGCCGUCGCCUCCCCGCGCAAAGUUGCGGCGGACGGGAGGAAGGAGAGGGGCGAGGACUUCACAGAGCGGGACGACUUCAGCUUCGGCAACAAGGGCGCGGCGGAGAGGGACGCGGAAGCCGGCGACGAGAAGGCGGCGGCUCUGCAGGUGGGGAAUGCCUGCGGCGUGGCGGCGGCGCCCGCGGCGAUGCCACCGACGAGCGUGAUGACGCGGCUCAUCCUCAUCAUGGUGUGGCGCAAGCUCAUCCGCAACCCGAACACCUACUCCAGCCUCAUCGGCCUCGUCUGGUCGCUCGUCUGCUUCAGGUGGAACUUCGAGAUGCCGGCGAUCAUCCUCAAGUCCAUCUCGAUCCUCUCCGACGCCGGGCUCGGCAUGGCCAUGUUCAGUCUGGGUCUGUUCAUGGCGCUGCAGCCACGGAUCAUCGCGUGCGGUAACAAGGUGGCCACGUUCGCCAUGGCCGUGCGGUUCCUCACCGGCCCCGCCGUCAUGGCCGCCGCCUCCCUGGCCGUCGGCCUCCGCGGCACGCUCCUCCACGUCGCCAUCGUCCAGGCCGCGCUGCCGCAGGGCAUUGUCCCCUUCGUCUUCGCCAAGGAGUACGGCGUGCACCCUGACAUCCUCAGCACGGCAGUGAUCUUCGGCAUGCUCAUCGCGCUGCCCAUCACGCUGGUGUACUACAUCCUGAUGGGGCUGUGAAAAAGGCCAGACAAGCUGUUGGUUCUCGCCCGGCCAGGCACAGCUCACAGCUCGCUCAGCGAUGCCGGAUGCAUGGAUGGAGCGGGCACGAGGGGACAAGAGAACUGCAGCGAACGUACGUGCAGGGGAGCAGGCCUGAGGAGGUUAAUUUGUAGGAGUAUUAGUUCUUAGGUGUAGAGAAUCAUGCAUGGGAGGCGAUUGGGGAGAGCAAACAAAAUGUUUAGGACAAGAGUUUGGAGGAAGGAGGGCUCGCUUUACUAGCUACUCUAAUGCAAAAGGCCUUGGGGAUGACAGUUUGCAAAGCAUCCGGUUGCUAAGGUUAUGGGGUUGGUUUGGGUGUGUUAUUAGGGAGGAGUUGUUAAUCGUGCAUGUGGAGGGCUUUCCAUGGAUAGUUGGGCUAGCUAGCCAUGCCUUAUGAAAUGGAUGCAUUUGUCACUUUGAUGGAAUGAUACGGCUCUUGUUCAUCAUCUA